UCCGUGUGUCACGGAAUGUGCGUCUUCUUUGCAGAAGUGACGUACAACGAUAGAUUGCCACCGCCCAGAUUGCCACUGCCCAUAGGGCGGGUAGUACUAGUGUAAAUCUAUUUCUCAGUCUAUUCUAGACAAGGAAGACCAAGAAGAGAAGGGUGUGUUAAUUAAUUAGUCUGACGUUUGUAAAUCGUUAGGAAUUGGAAAGUAGCAACAUACAGGAUGUCUGACGUCUGGUCGGCUGUGAAUAGGUUUGCUACUUAAGACGGGAGAUCUUGAACAGCUAGAAUGCCAGUAGCGCUUGCUCACCUGCAGCGUAGGGACUCUAGUAGGGACAACACUCGGUUACACCCAGACAACUUGCAGCAUGUCCGUCGCAGAACUAGAUGAUGUAACAAAUCCAACGUUCAACGAGUACCCCUUGGACGACAAAACACGUGACAAACUGGCCGGUAUGGGUCUCGGAAUGGGACUCAAUUGUCUUGAGUUUAGUAGCCACUUGCUGGACCGACAGAUCGACCCCAAAUCGUCUUCGCUUCUUCAACUGACAAUAGGGAGCGGCUACGUUUCUUUCAAAUCUGACGUUCAAGACUGGUACAAGCUACGCCGUGAGAUGCACGCAAGUCUGAAGACGCCGUCGGCCUCGCCUGUCCAGAUCGACGUCGGGAUCAACGCGGAGCGCAAGAAGGAGUCACGCAGUUUGCAACGACACGAAGGCCAGAAGAUCCACACGAGAACCAUCUAUUUCGACGUUGAAAGAAGAGCUGGAGAAUACAGCAAUCAGACGUCUAGGACCGACGACAAUGACGGUGAUCCUUUUCGGUCUCGUCUUGAUAAGCUCAUCAAGAUUAAGAACGAAGAAAAAACCAGUACAACUAUGGCACAGUGUGGAGACGAAGAAAGACGUAACAAAAUGGUCGAGAUCUGCAAGGGUUUAAUACGCGAUGAGAACCGGGGAGCCACUCACUUCAUCUCUUCCGUAGAACUGGGAGCGAAAAUUUAUCGCACCAAGAACGUCGUCGUUUGUCAAACGGCAUCCAGGUUGUCGACGAACGCGACUGUAGCGGGUAUGAGCAGUGCGUUGCUAGACGUUGCAUUUAAGGACGAAGACAUGGCUCUCGCUGCCAAGUACGACAGCCGUAUGUUUGCUACUGUCGAUCCCAUGGUGAAAAUGAAUGGAGCGAAGACGGUAGUAAAAGCAGAUUAUGAGCGAGUUAUUGGCUAUGAUGUGACUCCCGUCUGGACACUCGUAAGCGAUCCAGAAUGGCGAAGGGCAAUGAAAGAUGCGUCUCUGUUGUACGUGAAGGAAGAGAUGGCUGCGUCACGCCCAGUAAUUGCUGCAGGCGGACCAUUCUUGAUCGGAGCUGGCAACUACUGUCUGAAAUGUACAUGUACUACAACAUCGCAACCUCCAAGCAAGCAUGGCAACACGAGACCGCAACUUGAAAACACCGAUGAAGACAAAGAGCAACCCGAAGAACAACAACACUCAAAACUAACAGUUACCAGUAUCAAUCAAUCGGAACGAAACAUACAAACGGGCAACAGAAGCAUGGAGAACGCAAGACUAGAAGCAGGCGACAAACGCACUGUCCACAAGGUCGGAACGACGGAUGUCGAGUUCGAAUUUUUUAUCGAAGUCCCACGGCGUCGCGAGACCAGUUUGAAAUGUCUCGACCGCGAUCCAUACGAUGACUGCGAUCCUAUGGAAGAUCCAGACUUCGGAUUUUACAUCUACUGCAAAGUAGACGAUACCAAGUUAUACUUGUGCGCAGACUCGACAGACGAGAGCAAGGUUUGUCUUGUCACCAGCGUUCCUUAUCCCAACGCUUACGCUCGAUUCUACGUGGAGUUUCCGAGUACCCGCCUUCUGGCACCCGUUUGUCGUUGGGCAAAGGAUUCGUUGCACGUGUUGAGAAAGACUGCGUACAUGAAACGACGUCAGUAUCUUGUCAUUGAUGCACAGACUAGACAGCUGUCGUUUACCUCUGGAGACGAACUUGUUCGUAAUCAGAGAGCGAGAUGCCAGUUUGCUGUUGAACAUAUGCCAAUUGCAUAGGGCAAUGUGAAGAGAAUUGAGAAAUGACUUUUAUUAUGAAUCUAGAAAAAUUGAUUUUAAUACUUGAUGUUGGUAUUUUCUGAUAUUUCACUUGUAGAAGGCUUAAUUCUAUCGUGACCGUUACUCUUAAUCUUUUUUGAUAAACCGCAUUAAAUUUGUUAUUUCGUGAUGCAAUGAUGGUGCAAUUGACAGACUGUCUAUUAAGAAUAUUUUGUGAAGGCUUCAACCGCGUGUUUAUAGCACUAGCCAUCAAUCAGUACGUUUAUUUUAACUUGUAUGGUAUAUAAGAUUUAAAUAUGUGUUGCAACUG